AUGGACAGAACUUCAGAGUUACCAACAGAAAUUCUUCACCAAAUACUCUCUCUUCUCUCCACUAAAACUGCUGCUCGAACCGCUGUGUUGUCCAAGUCAUGGCUUAAAGCAUGCUCUACGAACCCCCAUCUCUGUUUUGAUGUAUCUGAUUUCGUAGACUUCCGUGGUCAUCAAUUCCUGAGGCUUGUAGACAAUACUUUGGAAAGGUAUCGCCGCGAUAAAAAUCUACCUAUUACAGCUUUUGAGCUUUGCAUCUCUUUUUAUGAUCAUAUUCAUUGUGACGGUCUAGUCGAUAAAUGGUUAGAUAUCAUAACACAUAAAAGAACUUCAAAGGUUUCACUUUUUGUGAAAAGCAGAUCUGAAGGUUAUUUAGAAAGAUUUAGUUUGUUUGCUAAUAACAUAUUUAAGAUGAAAUUCAUACAACAAUUGGAGGUAAAUCAUUGCAAUAUAUUACUAGUGAAACGAAAAGCACUAUUUUAUGAUGAUAAAAUUAAGUGUCGUAACCUAAAAAAUCUAACCUUGUGCUAUGUUACUAUUUCUCCACUAGCACUUGAAAGCCUAAUUUCACGUUGCCCUCAGAUCCAGACGAUAUCAUUUCAGUACUGUAUCGGGUUCAAUAGCAUUCGUGUUUCAAAAAAUCUUCCUAAUCUUUUGUCUCUUAGUAUCUUAUGCUGCCCAAUUGUGAACGUUGAUAUUGUUGCUGCACCAAAAUUGCUAUCUUUCGAAUAUGUGAACAAAGGUGAUUCAGCGCCUUAUUCAUCUCGUCAUAAUCUUGACAUAUGUUUGGGAACGUUAGAGAUUGGUACUUUUCAGUAUCUCAGAAGGGUAGAAUUUGUGAAGGUGACAGUUGAUUAUAGGAAUCUCUUCAAGCUUAUAAAAAAAUUACACUCCGUGAAGGAGUUAAUCUUACACUAUUGUAGGUACUUGAGAAAAAUAAAAAUCUCAAGUUCGACCCUCGAGGUUUGUAGCAUAGUUAAGUGUGAUUUAGUAGAGAAAGCCAUUUUUGAUACGCCCAAGUUACUCUCCUUAGCCUUCUCCGAUCAAUAUAGACUACCUUCUUUAUCUUUUAAAAGGGCUCCAAGCCAAUGCAGGGUUUCCAUAAAUUUAGACAUUUUAUGGAAUGUUGAGCAGUUCAUGAACUUACGGAGAUCUCUAGUUGAGUUGCGUGAUCAGGUUGUAGACUUGACAUUGUCUACUAUCUCUAAAUGUUUGAUCUCAGCAAGAGGAAUUUAUCAUCUUCCCACGCUUGAAGUUGAGCAUUUGGUAUUAUCUUAUUGUGAGUUUAAUACCGCGGCAUAUUCAUCUUAUUAUGAUGUCAUCUUCUCAAUUUGUUUGCCCAAGAUUUUAACAUUACAGUGUGACGAAAAAUUUAGAAAGUUUCUACUUCAAGAAUGGUUGAAGAAGAGAGAAAAUAGAUUUAUCAAAUGUACUACUUGGAAAAAGUAUCUCAUAAAUGCUGAGAUAGAGUACAAGAAAAGGACCGGAGACGAUUGGAUGACUCUUGAUAGAAAAAUAUUGGUAAUUAAUCCUCAUAUUAUUGAAGAGAUCUAUACAAUCCGCUUCAAGCAAAUUCAAAGAAAAGAAAAAAACAAGUAUUCAUCUAUUUCAAGAUGCAUUCCGAGAUGGAUAGUUUAUUGA